GGCCAGGCGAGCGGCUUUCAGUCCGGAAGGGGUGGUGGAAGGAGGAGGAGCUCCGGCCGAGCUCUCUCCGCUCAGUGGCUGCGAGUCUCAGCGCUUGUCCAGUCCCCACCCCUUUUAAAUAAGCCGGUCUGGUCGCUGCCCUCACAGACUAGUUGGCUCCGGGGAGGUGGCGGGGGUGCAGCCGGGGCCAGAGCCCUAGCCGGGGCAGGCAGGCGAGCGGCGGGCGAGGCCGCGUCUACAUGUGCGGCGCUGCCGGUGCCCGCCUCGCCAUUGUUGGGGUAGGGGGGCGGCUGCUGAGCGCUGCGGAGUCGGGGGAGGAGCCGAGGAGCCGAGGCGGCGGCGGUGAGGAGCGGAGGGGCCCAUGGGGAACACGCUGAGCUGUUGCGUGUGCCCCAAUGCCAGCCCCAAGUUGGGCUGGCGCAAGGGGUCAGCGGAGCCGGACGAUGAGCCUGAGGUCUACGAGGCGGCGGCCGGGGACGCGGUGGCUGUAGCGCUGGCGCCAGCUGCUGUGGAACUCGCCGAGUUGGACUUGGGAGCCGGCGAAGGCCACCACCUGCAGCACAGCAGUGACCGGGAGAUGCCCAAAGAUUUUGCUUUGGAAACAAACCCUUCUGACCAGCCAAGGGCAAGCACAAUUUUCCGGAGCAAAUCUCAAACGGAUGUGCGAGAAAAGGGGAAGAGCAACCAUCUAAACCAUGUAUCUCCAGGGCAGCUUACUAAAAAGUAUAGCUCAUGCUCAACAAUAUUUCUAGAUGACAGCACAGUCAGCCAGCCUAAUCUUACAACCACAAUAAAAUGUGUGACCUUAGCAAUCUAUUACCACAUAAAGAACAGAGAUGCAAAUAGAUCCCUGGAUAUUUUUGAUGAGAGAUCACAUUCACUCACACAAGAAAAGCUUCCAGAGGAAUACUUUAAGCGUGAUCCUGAACAUAAAUUCAUUUACAGAUUUGUUUGCGUUCUGUUUAGUGCUGCACAACUACCUGCUGAGUGUGCCAUAGUAACUUUGGUUUACUUAGAAAGGCUUUUAACUUACGCUGAGAUCGAUCUUUGCCCCACUAACUGGAGAAGAAUUGUUUUGGGAGCCAUUCUUCUUGCCUCCAAGGUUGGGGACCAUCAGCCUCUAUGGAAUGUGGACUACUGCCUGAUCCUCAAGGACAUUAUAGUUGAGGACAUGACUGAGCUGGAAAGGCACUUUCUGGAGCUGCUUCAGUUUAAUAUUAAUGUUCCUGCCAGUGUUUAUGUCAAAUACUACUUUGACCUCCGCUCCUUAGCAGAUGACAACAACCUGAGCUUUCUGUUCGCUCCUCUCAGCAAAGAGCGGGCGCAGAACCUAGAGGCCAUUUCCAGAUUGUGUGACGACAAAUACAAAGACUUGUGCAGAAGUGCUGUAAGAAGGUCCUUCAGUGCUGAUCAUUUCAUCGGUAUUCAGCACUCCAGUGCCAUCCUCUCUUAAGGAAGAAGUGAGGGUUUGUAACAUCAGAAACCCCUCGCAACGAGGACUGGAGAAAUAUCACCUCUCCUGUUCAGAAACCAGCAAAGUUAGUAUUUUCACCUAAAAGAAAGACAUUGAAUUCAAGAGACUCACGGACAGCGAGGAUUAUAUAUGCUCAUAGGAAAGAACGGGACCUUGUCAAUGCAACACACUCUUCUGUCCUUUUUAAUGUAAACAGAGUUACAAAAACCACUCCAAAGCUAAAAGCUCCCAACCCACACACAGUUGUUUGCUUACUCUGUAGGCCAAUAGCU